AUGCGCAGAAACAGCUGCGCAGAAACAGCUGCGCAGAAACAGCUGCGCAGAAACAGCUGCGCAGAAACAGCUGCGCAGAGACCGCUGCGCAGAGACAGCUGCGCAGAGACAGCUGCGCAGAGACAGCUGCGCAGAGACAGCUGCGCAGAGACAGCUGCGCAGAAACAGCUGCGCAGAAACAGCUGCGCAGAAACAGCUGCGCAGAAACAGCUGCGCAGAAACAGCUGCUCAGAAACAGCUGCGCAGAAACAGCUGCGCAGAAACAGCUGCGCAGAGACAGCUGCGCAGAAACAGCUGCGCAGAAACAGCUGCGCAGAAACAGCUGCGCAGAAACAGCGGCGCAGAAACAGCGGCGCAGAAACACUCUAUAGCCUCCGGUUACAGGAGCUGAAGUCUCAUCAGAAAAUCAGAAACAGCUGCGCGGAGACGGCUGCGCGGAAGCGGCUGCGCGGAAGCGGCUGCGCGGAAGCGGCUGCGCGGAAGCGGCUGCGCGGGAACGGCUGCGCGGGAACGGCUGCGCGGGAACGGCUGCGCCGAAACGGCUGCGCAGAAACGGCUGCGCAGAAGCGGCUGCGCAGAAGCGGCUGCGCAGAAGCGGCUGCGCAGAAGCGGCUGCGCAGAAGCGGCUGCGCAGAAGCGGCUGCGCAGAAGCGGCUGCGCAGAAGCGGCUGCGCAGAAGCGGCUGCGCAGAAGCGGCUGCGCAGAAGCGGCUGCGCAGAAGCGGCUGCGCAGAAGCGGCUGCGCAGAAGCGGCUGCGCAGAAACGGCUGCGCAGAAACGGCUGCGCAGGAACGGCUGCGCAGGAACGGCUGCGCAGGAACGGCUGCGCAGGAACGGCUGCGCAGGAACGGCUGCGCAGGAACGGCUGCGCAGAAGCGGCUGCGCAGAAGCGGCUGCGCAGAAGCGGCUGCGCAGAAGCGGCUGCGCAGAAACGGCUGCGCAGAAGCGGCUGCGCAGAAGCGGCUGCGCAGAAGCGGCUGCGCAGAAGCGGCUGCGCAGAAGCGGCUGCGCAGAAGCGGCUGCGCAGAAGCGGCUGCGCAGAAGCGGCUGCGCAGAAGCGGCUGCGCAGAAACGGCUGCGCAGAAGCGGCUGCGCAGAAGCGGCUGCGCAGAAGCGGCUGCGCAGAAACGGCUGCGCAGAAACGGCUGCGCGGAUACGGCUGCGCGGAUACGGCUGCGCGGAAACGGCUGCGCGGAAACGGCUGCGCGGAAACGGCUGCGCGGAAACGGCUGCGCGGAAACGGCUGCGCAGAAACGGCUGCGCAGAAGCGGCUGCGCAGAAGCGGCUGCGCAGAAACGGCUGCGCAGAUACGGCUGCGCAGAAACGGCUGCGCAGAAACGGCUGCGCAGAAACGGCUGCGCAGAAACGGCUGCGCAGAAACGGCUGCGCAGAAACGGCUGCGCAGAAACGGCAGCGCAGAAACGGCUGCGCAGUAACGGCUGCGCAGAAACGGCUGCGCAGAAACGGCUGCCCAGAAACGGCUGCGCAGAAACGGCUGCGCAGAAACGGCUGCGCAGAAACGGCUGCGCAGAAACGGCUGCGCAGAAACGGCUGCGCAGAAACGGCUGCGCAGAAACAGCUGCGCAGAAACAGCUGCGCAGAAACAGCUGCGCAGAAACAGCUGCGCAUAAACAGCUGCGCAGAAACAGCUGCGCAGAAACAGCUGCGCAGAAACAGCUGCGCAGAAACAGCUGCGCAGAAACAGCUGCGCAGAAACAGCUGCGCAGAAACAGCUGCGCAGAAACAGCUGCGCAGAAACAGCUGCGCAGAAUCAGCUGCGCAGAAACAGCUGCAUAGAAUCAGCUGCGCAGAAUCAGCUGCGCAGGAACAGCUGCGCAGGAACAGCUGCGCAGAAACAGCUGCGCAGGAACAGCUGCGCAGGAACAGCUGCGCAGGAACAGCUGCGCAGGAACAGCUGCGCAGGAACAGCUGCGCAGGAACAGCUGCGCAGGAACAGCUGCGCAGGAACAGCUGCGCAGGAACAGCUGCGCAGAAACAGCUGCGCAGGAACAGCUGCGCAGGAACAGCUGCACAGAAACAGCUGCGCCGAAACAGCUGCGCGGAAACAGCUGCGCGGAAACAGCUGCGCGGUAACAGCUGCGCGGAAACAGCUGCGCGGAAACAGCUGCGCAGAAACAGCUGCGCAGAAACAGCUGCGCAGAAACAGCUGCGCAGAAACAGCUGCGCAGAAACAGCUGCGCAGAAACAGCGGCGCAGAAACAGCGGCGCAGAAACACUCUAUAGCCUCCGGUUACAGGAGCGUACCUCCAUGUUCAAUGUUUUUUGGGCAGUUGAACAUGUAAAGUUGAAUCCCAAGCGGCUGCGCAGAAGCGGCUGCGCAGAAGCGGCUGCGCAGAAGCGGCUGCGCAGAAGCGGCUGCGCAGAAGCGGCUGCGCAGAAGCGGCUGCGCAGAAGCGGCUGCGCAGAAGCGGCUGCGCAGAAGCGGCUGCGCAGAAGCGGCUGCGCAGAAGCGGCUGCGCAGAAGCGGCUGCGCAGAAACGGCUGCGCAGAAACGGCUGCGCAGAUACGGCUGCGCAGAAACGGCUGCGCAGAAACGGCUGCGCAGAAAGGGCUGCGCAGGAACGGCUGCGCAGGAACGGCUGCGCAGGAACGGCUGCGCAGGAAAGGCUGCGCAGGAACGGCUGCGCAGAAGCGGCUGCGCAGAAGCGGCUGCGCAGAAGCGGCUGCGCAGAAGCGGCUGCGCAGAAGCGGCUGCGCAGAAGCGGCUGCGCAGAAGCGGCUGCGCAGAAGCGUCUUCGCAGAAGCGGCUGCGCAGAAGCGGCUGCGCAGUAGCGGCUGCGCAGUAGCGGCUGCGCAGAAGCGGCUGCGCAGAAGCGGCUGCGCAGAAGCGGCUGCGCAGAAGCGGCUGCGCAGAAGCGGCUGCGCAGAAGCGGCUGCGCAGAAGCGGCUGCGCAGAAACGGCUGCGCAGAAACGGCUGCGCAGAAACGGCUGCGCAGAAACGGCUGCGCAGAAACGGCUGCGCAGAAACGGCUGCGCAGAAACGGCUGCGCAGAAACGGCUGCGCAGAAACGGCUGCGCAGAAGCGGCUGCGCAGAAACGGCUGCGCAGAAGCAGCUGCGCAGAAGCAACUGCGCAGAAGCAGCUGCGCAGAAGCAGCUGCGCAGAAGCAGCUGCGCAGAAGCAGCUGCGCAGAAACAGCUGCGCAGAUACAGCUGCGCAGAUACAGCUGCGCAGAAACAGCUGCGCAGAAACAGCUGCGCAGAAACAGCUGCGCAGAAACAGCUGCGCAGAUACGGCUGCGCAGAAACGGCUGCGCAGAAACGGCUGCGCAGAAGCGGCUGCGCAGAAGCGGCUGCGCAGAAGCGGCUGCGCAGAAGCGGCUGCGCAGAAGCGGCUGCGCAGAAGCGACUGCGCAGAAGCGGCUGCGCAGAAGCGGCUGCGCAGAAUCGGCUGCGCAGAAACGGCUGCGCAGAUACGGCUGCGCAGAAACGGCUGCGCAGAAACGGCUGCGCAGAAACGGCUGCGCAGAAACGGCUGCGCAGAAACGGCUGCGCAGAAACGGCUGCGCAGAAACGGCUGCGCAGAAACGGCUGCGCAGAAACGGCUGCGCAAAACGGCUGCGCAGAAACGGCUGCGCAGAAACGGCUGCGCAGAAACGGCUGCGCAGAAACAGCUGCGCAGAAACGGCUGCGCAGAAACAGCUGCGCAGAAACAGCUGCGCAGAAACAGCUGCGCAGAAACAGCUGCGCAGGAACAGCUGCGCAGAAACAGCUGCGCAGAAACAGUGCGCAGAAACAGUGCGCAGAAACAGCUGCGCAGAAACAGCUGCGCAGGAACAGCUGCGCAGAAACAGCUGCGCAGAAACAGCUGCGCAGAAUCAGCUGCGCAGAAUCAGCUGCGCAGAAACAGCUGCGCAGAAACAGCUGCGCAGGAACAGCUGCGCAGGAACAGCUGCGCAGAAACAGCUGCGCAGAAACAGCUGCGCAGAAACAGCUGCGCAGGAACAGCUGCGCAGGAACAGCUGCGCAGGAACAGCUGCGCAGGAACAGCUGCGCAGAAACAGCUGCGCAGAAACAGCUGCGCGGAAACAGCUGCGCGGAAACAGCUGCGCGGAAACAGCUGCGCGGAAACAGCUGCGCGGAAACAGCUGCGCGGAAACAGCUGCGCGGAAACAGCUGCGCGGAAACAGCUGCGCGGAAACAGCUGCGCGGAAACAGCUGCGCAGAAACAGCUGCGCAGAAACAGCUGCGCAGAAACAGCUGCGCAGAAACAGCUGCGCAGAAACAGCUGCGCAGAAACAGCGGCGCAGAAACAGCGGCGCAGAAACACUCUAUAGCCUCCGGUUACAGGAGCGAACGGCUGCGCAGGAACGGCUGCGCAGAAACGGCUGCGCAGAAACGGCUGCGCAGAAACGGCUGCACAGAAACGGCUGCGCAGAAACGGCUGCGCAGAAACGGCUGCGCAGAAACGGCUGCGCAGAAGCGGCUGCGCAGAAGCGGCUGCGCAGAAACGGCUGCGCAGAUACGGCUGCGCAGAAACGGCUGCGCAGAAACGGCUGCGCAGAAACGGCUGCGCAGAAACGGCUGCGCAGAAACGGCUGCGCAGAAACGGCUGCGCAGAAACGGCUGCGCAGAAACGGCUGCGCAGAAGCGGCUGCGCAGAAGCGGCUGCGCAGAAACGGCUGCGCAGAUACGGCUGCGCAGAAACGGCUGCGCAGAAACGGCUGCGCAGAAACGGCUGCGCAGAAACGGCUGCGCAGAAACGGCUGCGCAGAAACGGCUGCGCAGAAACGGCUGCGCAGUAACGGCUGCGCAGAAACGGCUGCGCAGAAACGGCUGCGCAGAAACGGCUGCGCAGAAACGGCUGCGCAGAAACGGCUGCGCAGAAACGGCUGCGCAGAAACGGCUGCGCAGAAACGGCUGCGCAGAAACGGCUGCGCAGAAACGGCUGCGCAGAAACGGCUGCGCAGAAACAGCUGCGCAGAAACAGCUGCGCAGAAACAGCUGCGCAGAAACAGCGGCGCAGAAACAGCUGCGCAGAAACAGCUGCGCAGAAACAGCUGCGCAGAAACAGCUGCGCAGAAGCAGCUGCGCAGAAACAGCUGCGCAGAAACAGCUGCGCAGAAACAGCUGCGCAGAAACAGUGCGCAGAAACAGCUGCGCAGAAACAGCUGCGCAGAAACAGCUGCGCAGGAACAGCUGCGCAGAAACAGCUGCGCAGAAACAGCUGCGCAGAAACAGCUGCGCAGAAUCAGCUGCGCAGAAUCAGCUGCGCAGAAACAGCUGCGCAGAAACAGCUGCGCAGGAACAGCUGCGCAGGAACAGCUGCGCAGAAACAGCUGCGCAGAAACAGCUGCGCAGAAACAGCUGCGCAGGAACAGCUGCGCAGGAACAGCUGCGCAGGAACAGCUGCGCAGGAACAGCUGCGCAGGAACAGCUGCGCAGGAACAGCUGCGCAGAAACAGCUGCGCAGGAACAGCUGCGCAGGAACAGCUGCGCAGGAACAGCUGCGCAGAAACAGCUGCGCGGAAACAGCUGCGCGGAAACAGCUGCGCGGAAACAGCUGCGCGGAAACAGCUGCGCGGAAACAGCUGCGCGGAAACAGCUGCGCGGAAACAGCUGCGCGGAAACAGCUGCGCAGAAACAGCUGCGCAGAAGCAGCUGCGCAGAAACAGCUGCGCAGAAACAGCUGCGCAGAAACAGCUGCGCAGAAACAGCUGCGCAGAAACAGCUGCGCAGAAACAGCGGCGCAGAAACAGCGGCGCAGAAACACUCUAUAGCCUCCGCUGCGCAGAAACAGCUGCGCAGAAACAGCUGCGCAGAAACAGCUGCGCAGAAACAGCUGCGCAGGAACAGCUGCGCAGGAACAGCUGCGCAGGAACAGCUGCGCAGGAACAGCUGCGCAGAAACAGCUGCGCAGGAACAGCUGCGCAGGAACAGCUGCGCAGAAACAGCUGCGCAGAAACAGCUGCGCAGGAACAGCAGCACAGGAACAGCCGCGCAGGAACAGCCGCGCAGGAACAGCCGCGCAGGAACAGCCGCGCAGGAACAGCCGCGCAGGAACAGCCGCGCAGGAACAGCCGCGCCGAAACAGCCGCGCCGAAACAGCCGCGCCGAAACAGCCGCGCCGAAACAGCCGCGCCGAAACAGCCGCGCCGAAACAGCCGCGCCGAAACAGCCGCGCCGAAACAGCCGCGCCGAAAUAGCCGCGCCGAAAAAGCCGCGCCGAAAAAGCCGCGCCGAAACAGCCGCGCCGAAACAGCCGCGCCGAAACAGCCGCGCCGAAACAGCCGCGCCGAAACAGCCGCGCCGAAACAGCCGCGCCGAAACAGCCGCGCCGAAACAGCCGCGCCGAAACAGCCGCGCCGAAACAGCCGCGCCGAAACAGCCGCGCCGAAACAGCCGCGCCGAAACAGCCGCGCCGAAACAGCCGCGCCGAAACAGCCGCGCCGAAACAGCCGCGCCGAAACUGCCGCGCCGAAACUGCCGCGCCGAAACUGCCGCGCCGAAACUGCCGCGCCGUAACUGCCGCGCCGAAACUGCCGCGCCGAAACUGCCGCGCCGAAACUGCCGCGCCGAAACAGCCGCGCCGAAACAGCCGCGCCGAAACAGCCGCGCCGAAACAGCCGCGCCGAAACAGCCGCGCCGAAACAGCCGCGCCGAAACAGCCGCGCCGAAACAGCCGCGCCGAAACAGCCGCGCCGAAACAGCCGCGCCGAAACAGCCGCGCCGAAACUGCCGCGCCGAAACUGCCGCGCCGAAACUGCCGCGCCGAAACUGCCGCGCCGAAACUGCCGCGCCGAAACUGCCGCGCCGAAACUGCCGCGCCGAAACUGCCGCGCCGAAACUGCUGCGCCGAAACAGCUGCGCCGAAACAGCUGCGCCGAAACAGCUGCGCAGAAACAGCUAG